UUGUCUGUCCUUGUUCCGUGAGCUUGUCGGCAGUAGGAGGAGAACAGGGACUGCGGUCAUAAACAAACACACGCAGUGGAGUCGGUAGUGUCUGUGGGGCUGUGCAGGACCACUGGCUGACUUUCAGGGAAGCUGACCUUCUUCUCGACCGGCACCGAGAAAUCAGACCGGCUGAAAAAACCCGAACACGAAGAGCGGAUUGUCUCCCACUCUCCCUCCCUUCUCCCUUCCCUCGGAGUCGGCUUAUGUGACACAUUCACGUCCCGGCGGAGAAACGAGAGAAAUAUGACGGAGCUGAGGAAGCGAGGCGGAGGCGGAGCAGACCCUGACAGCGCCGAUAAUAUCAGCGACAAGGAGGCUGAUGGCGAUGACAGGUUGGGCCUGGCAGGUGACGCAGAGGGAGAAUGUGAUGGCGACUCCAAAGCAGACACUCCAGAUUAUCCUCUCGCCACAGCAGACACAGACAACACUCCAGAAUGCCUCAACAAAGCUCUGGAGGGGCUGCCGCCCAGAUGGAAGAACUACUGGAUACGAGGAGUUCUGUCUUUAGCCAUGAUUUCUGGCUUCUUCCUCAUCAUCUAUAUGGGACCUAUUGCUCUUAUACUUGUGGUCAUGUCUGUCCAAAUCAAGUGUUUCCAAGAAAUUAUCACCAUUGGCUACAGAGUUUACCAUUCCUAUGAGCUGCCAUGGUUCAGGACACUAAGCUGGUACUUUCUGAUUUGUGUCAACUACUUCUUCUAUGGAGAAACUGUUGCAGAUUACUUUGGGGCUCUGGUGCAGAGGGAGGAACCUCUGCAGUUCCUGGCUCGAUAUCACCGCUUCAUCUCCUUCGCGUUGUACCUCGCAGGUUUCUGCAUGUUUGUGCUGAGUUUAGUGAAGAAACAUUACCGCCUGCAGUUUUAUAUGUUUGCUUGGACCCAUGUGACCCUGUUGAUUGUGGUAACUCAGUCCCACCUUGUCAUUCAGAACCUGUUUGAAGGAAUGAUCUGGUUCAUCGUCCCCAUCUCCAUAGUGAUCUGCAAUGACAUCAUGGCCUACCUGUUUGGGUUCUUCUUUGGGAGGACUCCGCUCAUCAAGCUCUCACCCAAGAAGACCUGGGAGGGUUUCAUCGGAGGGUUUUUCGCCACUGUCGUCUUUGGCUUCAUUCUGGCCUACCUCCUCUCUCAGUUCCAGUACUUUGUGUGUCCCGUGGGCUUCAACAGUGAGUCAAACAGCUUCACAGUCGAAUGUGAGCCGUCUGACAUCUUUGUGAUGCAGGAGUACACACUUCCCACUGUGCUACAAAACACACUGAGAUGGAAAACUGUCAACCUGUAUCCCUUCGCGAUCCACAGCAUCUUCCUCUCGUCCUUUGGAUCUCUCAUCGGACCGUUUGGCGGCUUCUUUGCCAGCGGCUUCAAACGAGCGUUUAAAAUCAAAGACUUUGCCAAUACCAUCCCUGGCCAUGGCGGCAUCAUGGACCGCUUCGACUGCCAGUACCUGAUGGCCACCUUCACACACGUCUAUAUCGCCAGCUUUGUCAGAGGUCCGAACCCCAGCAAAGUGCUGCAGCAGCUGCUGCUGCUCCAGCCUGAGCAGCAGCUCGGCAUCUUCCAUACUCUGCAGUCCCACCUGAGAGACAAGGGCAUGCUCCCACCUGCUGCUGUCCAGGCCGAGUGACGCGGCACCACCUCCGCAGGGCGAUGACCUGGGAACGUGCGAGACGGUUUUCAAAGUUGGCGUAAGCAUGUACACGCAGGCACGCAUGCAGAACAGCCGUAUGGUAUGUGUGUGAUUUCUGGCGUAUAUCGGAGCAUCCAUCGUCAUCCUGUCGGCUCUUCGUUCAACUUCCAAUCAGCUCAAGAUCACAACUUUGAACCUGAGGUGACUCUCUGAACUACAAGGAACAAUCUAGUAGGAAAGAAACUAAAAACAAAAAAGGAUUUAAAAAAGUGGCUGCGUUGCUUUUCACUUGGACCGGCAUCAGCUGCAGCACACUUCAUGAGCGAACGGGCCGCCGUCAUCCUAAAAACACACACACUGAACAAAAAGAUGUACUCACUCAACAACAGUGACUGUAAAGCACGCAGCUUUCUCAGUGGAUGGUCGACGUGCAGAUUCGCUGUGGACGGCAAAUAUUGCACUAAAUUUAGAUUUUAAAAAAUGGAUUUAAGAAGCUUUUACCAGCAUAAACUGGGCCCAAAGUGUUGUGCACGUGGACCUGAGCUACCUGGGUGUGGGUGAAGUAAUGAUGCAGCAGGGUUGUCAAACAUACUGCUAAAUGAAGCCAUGCUUAUUCUCCACUUCCACAACAUUUAGCUUUUAGGUUUCUGACUAAAUCUUAAAUAACUCGCACAAUAAUAGUCAAGCGACUGUAGGCAUGUUAACACAGACCGCAGAGCAUCAGCUGCACACUCAGCACUCGAAUAAUGUUGUACAUAAAUCUACUGAAACUAUUUAGCAAUCAAUGCAUAUAAUAUAUUACUACUUUAUGUGACCUGCUGCAGAAAAAGACUUAAGUUAUGAGAAGUGAUAUGCAAAAAAAAAAGAGAUGUAACUCAUUUGUAGCUUUUAGCAUGAAGAAAUUAGAUUUUUAACAGGUAGCAAUGUAGAGGUGUUUGGGUGAACCUUUGCUUGAGACUGUAAAAAAAAAAAGAUAAUUUAAAGGAAUAGGUUGAAUAGUGGUUUGUGGGAAAUGUAGUCAGUGGUUUUCUGUCUUUGAGCUGAUAAAAAGAUCAGUAGCACUGUCCUCUCUGUAUCUAUAAGCACAGCAAUACAGUAGAAAAUAUAGGAAAUAUUAUAAAGAUCAGUGGAAAUUUUUUUAAAAAGUCACAAAUGUGGAGCAGCAGAAUAUAGUUUUAUAGUUUCAUUACUAUACCCAUUAUUUCAAUUCAGUUCAAUUUUAUUUAUAUAGCACCACAUCACAACAGCAGUCGCCUCAAGGUGCUUCAUAUUGUAAGGUAAAGACUACAAUAAUACAGGGAAACCCCAACAAUCAGAUUUUAGCCAGUGGAUGAAAAAUCACAUAUAAAUGUCACACGAGUCAGGAGGAACCGUUUCAAACAGACUCGUACGCAAAUUUAAAAGUUAUUGUACUAAUUUCUCUCCUUUACAACUCAACUCAUUUCCCUUGUUCCAGGUUUUUCCUGGUUUAUUAUGGGCCGUUUGGAGGUGAGAAUACCUGCAAGGCAACGGUAAAUGCAUAGCUUACUUAAUACAACUCUGUGCAUUUUCCCAUAAAAAAGAGGAAGCAUGUUUAUAUUGAAGUCACUGCGGUUUAAUUUUCUAAUUUUUCUGCCUAUUUGGAAUUGAGAGUCAGUCUAGCGACUGGUUUAUUCGUCAUUUGUCUAUUUAGACGUUUCACUCGAGCAGUUUUGGAUUUGACUUGAAAAAUGUAACCAGAGGUGGCGCCUGACUCGGUCCAGAUUUGAAUCCAUGAUGUAACUGAAAUAAUGUUUUAUCGUUCUAGAGAUUAAACAAAAUUGCAAAUUUUAUAUCCCAACAUCACAAAUGCAUAAUAAUUAAUAUAAGAAACAGAAGAAAUUGUGAUGUUCAAGAAAAUUCCAGAAAUUAGUCCUAAUCCCCACCCUGAUAUCCUUCUGGAUCCACAGACGAAUUCGUCCAUGACAGUAAUUUCCAUCCUCACAAAAAUCCCAAAACGCGUACUGUACAGAUUAGAUUAUACAGGGAACAACUUUAAGUUGGUGGAAAACUGCAACAGCCUGCAAAGCUGCCCUCUGGUCUCUGUAUUGGGGAAAACUCCUUACUCUGCAGGGUUGCUAAUUAGCAAGUCAGUGACAGAGAGUUUGAAGGACGCGUGUUGACUGUGAGCUUUAGAGGAAUCUUCACUCGCUGAAUCUUCACAUCAGACUCGUGGAAAGAAAACAAAUGAGCACAUUUCCCGAAAUGUGAAACUGUUUCCUUCAACCAAUGAUUUUAGUUGCACUGUGGGGGUGGUGGUGGUGUUUGGGGGGGAGGUUUCCAUCAGAUCAUUUUUGGAUGCUUUAGGGUGUUUUUGCACAUCAGAUCACUGUUUUCUAAGUUUGAAUGUAGAUUGCAAUACAAAAUGUUAUCAAUGAUAACAUGAGAUUAAAUGUAGAGCCUAUACACUGUACGAUGGAGUGUAUGUCUACAGUAUAUAAAACACUUCUUUAGGUGUACAAAGAACUCUGGGAGGUGGUUUUAUUAGCUAUAUAUGCAAGUUGUAGUUUGAUUCUUUAGAGUAUGAAUCAGAUAAUUUUAAUGUCAGAGGAAAUGUGAUGAUUCGUAUUUAUGUUUUUCAUGUGUUACGACGCUACGUUUGCAAAGAGAUUCUCUGUUUGAAUCCAGAUCCUUUCACAGAGACGUUUACCAAAGCACUGUUUGAUCAACACUGAUUUUCUUCCGUUAGUGAAAAAGCUCUGGGUCGCAAAGAGUCAGAUCUCUCCUGUCCCGACUUUCCCCGCUCAUCCCGAAACACUCAAACCUGGAAGGUGAGAGUUUGGAAUUGGGUUGGAGUGCUGACAUCUGGAUCUGUGUUGUGUUCACACGCUUCAGUCGUUGGUCAACGAGGAUAUUUUAAUUUAUUUGUCCAGUUUGUUCUGUUUGUUUUUUCAUCGUAGAUUCCAAGAUGUGAACGAGAGGUUCUGGUUGAAUUUUUGGGACCAGCUGUAUCGUACUGUGUAAAUCUUUUAACUACUGCUUUACGUGCUUUUCUUUACGCACCCCUCACGUGUCCAGCCUUCACAGAAGCAGCGAAGGACGCAGACGUCUGGACCGACGUGUUCGACACUAAAGAGAUCCGACCAAAAAUAGGAGCAGGAAUUGACACAGAAUUAUCUGCUAGAAUGGAUUUAUAUGGAGCCUGGAGUGUGCCAGUGGAAUAAUGUGACUCGUAAAUUAAUUCAAAAUGUGUAUACAAAUUAGAGUCAUUACCUGGGGCAGCAGCUGUGUAUUGUCUGGAAGGAUAAUGAGCAAACUUAGAAGUGCCUUUUAUUUAAAAAACAAUAUAUACUUUAUGUUAAAUACUAUAGUACUGAUUUCUCCAGUCUCUUAAAUUCAGCUCCCAUAAUGAUCAUAAUCAACACCAUCGGUCAGUCUGACGGUGUGGAUUCAUUUCCCAGUGGGCGUUGGAGUGUUUGCUGUUCUUUUACCGAUCUAAUAUUUAUUUUUAGACCUACCCACGUUCUCUCCAGAGCCUGUUUAUUGCACACUACCAGUUUAACCUGUUAAAAUAAAGCUUACACUGCACCGCUGCACCAUCUUGUGGCACAAAGUGGUAGUGCAUAAAGGUACGGCCCAGUCUUGUUAUUAACUUCAGUUGAUAUCUCAACAAAAAAAUAUCUGUAUUUAGCCUUUUUUUUCUUUAAGCAGCACAGUUCAGGUUGUAAUCUGGAAAGUAUGGAGCGAAUGAGCGGCAGGUGGGACUCAAGUCUUUGUUACCUGGCCAGGUGAGCUAUAGCGGUGGCCAUCUAAUGAAUCUUUAAUUGAUAAACUUAAGAUUAUUAUUUCACUGGGACACUUGAGACUCCAUAUUUACAGCUGUAGUUCCACGACACGUGCAUACUAAUUUAUACUUUCUUACCACGUUGCCCACAAAGGUAGAAAAGAGAACAGGUAGCUAUCAGGUGACGAUGCAGACUUUCAGUUGUUGUGUUUUUAAUUUAUCAUUUUGUGUACUUUUGGUUUGAUUUGCUUUGAGCAGAAAUGUUUUCUAAUGAGAUGGAUAAGGAAAAUGUGUAUCUAUCUAUUGAGGAAUAAUGCUGUUUAAUAUUAGGGGCAAUACAAAGUGCGGUAAAUAAACACACUGAUAUCUUAAUAGAGAGAUUGUGAAGGUGUUUAAUGUACGGAGGUAAAUAAAGACUUUUUUCUUUAAAAUGUCUUGUUUUUAUUCCGAUUCAUGUUUUUGAUAAUGAAAAGACAAACCAAUCACUUUUACAUUAAAGGAUCAACUUCAGAUUUAUUCACAAAACAAAGCCUGACAGUUAAGAAAAGAGAGAUUUUGCACAGAGUGAAAGAACAAGUGUGGAGUUUGCACUGAUACAGCCGUUACUAACACACAUGUAAGCAUAAAGAGCUGGUCAGACGUUUCCUGUCGACUCCACUGAGCUUUAAACACACCACCGAGCAGAUAAAGACAAUAAAAAUGUAACUUCUAAAGGAAGCAAAGAAGUGAUUGGGUUGUAAUACAUGAAAGAAAAGAUGUUAAUGCCAUUUUGUGUUCAUUAUAUUCACCAUGAGAAGUAUCAAGAUAAAUGGAAAGUUAUACAGUGACAAAACUAACAACUUUGCUGCUCCGACCAAUAACAGCCACCAACACCAACAGCAGGAUUUUGGCUUAUCCAGGUAACUUGAGACUAAACCUGGGUUUUAGUAUUACAGAGGUGGUUCAGCAGCCAUGGUGCUUUCAGUCUGUUUUGUGUUUAACCACCUCAGAUUUUUCUAGUAGUGCACUACAUAAAAGUCAGUCACUGCUGCCCACGUGAUCAUGCUAUUAGCUAUGUUAUCAGGCUGAUAACAACCUUUGUGUGACUGCUUGGCCUGACUGGGGCUGUCAGGGUUCGUGAAGCCAGACAACAGAAAGAUAUCCUGCAUUUAACUUGCUUCCAAGUACAAGGCCCGAAUGAUCAGUUAGGAAUACCCUCAAACUAAAACGAUACGUAUGCACUGUAGUGCA